AUGGCUGACGAAGUACCGAAAGCAUUUAUAGUUCCCAACUCCCAAAAGCCGGGUCAAAGUGCUGUCUAUCGAGGCAACCAAGAGCUUAUUCCUUCUUUCUCGCCCAAAGUCAAGAAUCUUUAUGACAUCUUUCGUGCAGGAUACGACAAGUCGUCUGAUCAGCCAUGUCUUGGUCAUCGCCCGAUUGUGAAUGGCGCACUUGCUGAUUACUAUGAAUGGGAGACAUACUCGCAAGUCGAUAAACGCAUCCAGAACUUUGGCAGUGGUCUACAAUCUUUUGUUCGUGAAGAACUGGGAAUCAAGCAACCUGGUCCUAUUCCUCUUGGCGUGUGGUCUGUAAAUCGACCCGAGUGGCAUAUUGCGGAUUGGGCAUGUUCGAUCUCUGGCUUCUUUGUGGUUGCACUUUACGAUACCUUGGGCCCUGAUGUUGUCGAGUACAUUAUCGACCAUGCUGAAAUUGAGAUCGUGUUGUGUACCAAAAAUCACGUGUUGGAUUUGCUCAAGCAACGUUCCAAAUUGCCCAAUCUCAAGGGUGUUAUUUCGAUUGACCCCUUGGAUGCCCCUGAAGAUGAAGCCUUGCGUGCCUGGUCAGCUGAAAAGAACCUGGUCCUUGUCAACUAUGCACAAAUCGAAUUACGUGGGCAAGAAAAGCCAAUGGCACCAACACCAGCUUCCCCUAAUGAUCUUGCUUGUAUCAUGUACACGAGCGGCACCACAGGCAAACCCAAAGGUGUCAUGUUGACACAUGCCAACUUUGUCGCUGCCGUCACCGGUAUCCUCACUAGAACCACAAGUGAUAACACUGACACUGGUAUCUCGUAUCUUCCUUUGGCACACAUUUAUGGAAGAUUGAUUGAUUGUUCAUGCAUGGCAGUGGGUGCACGUAUUGGAUUUUUCAGUGGUUCUAUUGACACGCUCUUGGAGGAUAUGCAAAUUCUCAAGCCAACCAUCUUCAGUGCUGUACCACGCCUGUUGAACAGGAUCUAUGGCAAGAUUAUGCAAGCUACAGUACAAGCACCAGGCUUCAAGGGUGUACUUUUCAGUAAGGCUGUGGAGAUGAAAAUGGAGCAUCUUUUGCAAGAAGGUGUAUUCGAGCAUCCUGUACUUGAUCGGCUCUUAUUCAACAAGGUGCGCCAGGUCCUUGGAGGCAAUGUGCGCUUUAUCACCAGUGGAUCAGCACCCCUUGGAAAAGAUGUUUUGCAAUUUUUACGUGUGGUGUUAUGCUGUGACAUUCGAGAAGGAUUUGGUGCAACCGAAACUUGCAGUUCGGCAAGUGUGCAAGUGAAGGGAGAUAAACGGGCAGGCAACAUUGGUAUCCCUAUGGAUUGUAACGAGUUCAAGCUGGUGGAUGUUCCUGAAAUGGAUUACAAGGCGACUGACAAGCCUUAUCCCCGAGGUGAACUAUGUGUGCGUGGAUACAAUAUCAGCCAAGGCUAUUAUAAAGAUGAAGCCAAAACCAAGGAGGCAUUUGAUGAGGAUGGUUUUUAUCACACGGGCGAUAUUGCAAUGGUUGAUGAAACAGGUUCUUUCGUCAUUGUCGAUCGCAAAAAGAAUAUCUUCAAGCUUGCACAAGGAGAAUACGUGGCACCCGAAAAGAUUGAAAACAUUUACUCCAAGGAUACGUUGGUGGCUCAAAUCUUUGUCCAUGGUGACUCGCUACAAAACUCGCUUGUGGGCAUUAUAGUACCUGAUCCAGAUGAGCUUGCUCAACUUGUCAAGGUGGUACUUCCCGAUUUGGCUGGCGUGAGCUAUCAGGAAUUAUGUCGCAAUCCACGCGUGAACGAAGCUGUUUUAAAGCGUAUGACGGGUGUGGGCAAGGCAGCAGAACUUCGUGGAUUUGAAUUUGUCAAAGCCAUCUAUCUCGAGUCUCAACCAUUUACUAUGGAGAGCAACUUGCUAACACCUACUUUGAAAUUGAAACGUGCCGAAGCUAGAAAAUUCUACGAUGCACAAAUCAGUGAGCUAUACCAGCAUCUCACCAACGCAACACCCGUCGCACGAUUGUAG